AUCUGUGAACGAGGAACCAGCAUGAGCAGGUGAUAACAGCUUUCUUCUAUCCUGAAGAAGGUGGCGAUACCCUCCUCAAAAACGUCAGUUAACAUAAUAUCUACACGUGCCACAUCCCAGAAGAUGGCUUUCUUCAAUCUCCAAGAUAUUCAGAAAUUCAAACUGAUAAAGUACUUGAUGGAUAGAUAUACAGUGUGAAAUUCUUGGCUAUAAAAUGAACAUAGUGGUUCCUUCUUUGUUCUCAGGUGGUCUCAGUUUUGAAUUUUAGCCCAUACACCCACUACUCUGACAGAUUCCUUCUGUGGUGUCCAUCAUUUCCUUCAAUGCAAAUACUGCAACAGAUCUGUUUUAUUCUGGUCCGUCACUCUGACAAUAUCAUGAAAAGUUAAACAGUUCAUCCAGUGUGACUAGUCUCACUGGACAGGACCGUUUAAUUGCAACAGAGCCUUACCAUAGGUUACAAUCAUUUCCUAUUCAAUCAUUCAUAAUAAACUAUCUUGUCAUCUGAAAAUAUGCAUGCAAUGAAAAUAAAGUUUCAUUAAAUAAUCCCAGAAGUAAAUAUAUCACAGGACAUAGGAAUAAUGGAUGAGACACAACUGUGAUGUGUUUUAGACCAACAGCAGUUGAAACAUAAUUUAUGUAAUACCACAGAAAAAAAAACUGAAUAGAUGGACAAUAUGGCGGACGGUGCAGUGCGUCAAGAUAGUUGUGUCUCCACAUUUCUUAGUAAUAGAUGUGAAAUACAAGAGGUGAACUGUAUAAGUUGUGAAGAACUAAGUUUGGAAUUGCUUCAAGCAAAGACCAAAAUAUUAUCAUUAGAGAAAAUAAUAAAAAUGCUACAAGUGGAGCUAAACAUGACCAGACAGGAAGGCAGAUCUAACCUACAAGAAGACCUGGAAAGCGUUGAUGCUGUUACCACAUUGCAAGUGGCGGUGAACAAAGUUCAUGUAGAAGAAGCUUGCGCCCAACUUUUAAAAACACCUAUGAAUGUUUCUCCUAAAAGAUUCCGAGUGAAUUCACAUCCUGAAGACGACCAAAAAGACAAUUCUCAAAUCUCCUUACCAAAUCAACCACGAGCGGGAUCGCUUGGAAAACGGUGUUCCAAAAUACCAACCAUAAUCAAUGGAUCAAUAAUAAUGGAUGCAAGUGACACGCUUCAAAAGAACCAUGGAAGGAGCACCAUCAUAAAGAAUUCUACAAGUACAGAAAGCAUCAAGCCUACACGCAUAGUGCAGCAUAAAGUGCUCAUGCUGGGAGACAGUCAUCUCAAGGGAAGUGUUGUUAAACUUAGAAGUGAAUUAAGUCCAAAAUUUAAAGUUUUUGGUGUGAUUAGACCGGGAGCUGGUGCUGAACAGAUUGUGAACUCUUCUGCUGAGGAUCUACAGAAUUUACAUUCACAUGAUAUUGUUGUUCUUAAUGCUGGUGCCAAUGAUGUAUAUAAGAAUAAUAAGGGAGUAGCUCUAACCCAGAUCACUAAGUUUAUACAAAGGAACUAUGGUACUAAUAUUAUAAUUUUAGAUAUCCCUCAGAGAUAUGCUCUUUCAUCCUCUUCACGUGUGAAUUCUGAAAUUGAAGAAUUUAGUAGACAAUUGAAGAAAAUUGCUACUUUAUACAACCAUGUCUCACUCUUAGAAACAAAUCUCAAGAGAGAAUGUUUCACAAAGCAUGGUCUUCAUUGGAACUCUCUAGGAAAGACUCUGGAUUUUUGCCUGUAUGGAUAUAUGGAAAAUAAAGGAAAUGAAUGAAUGAUCGAAUCUAAUUGUAAAAAAAUUAGCUCUAUCAAUAUAGCAAUCCAGAGAAAUAUGUUUGGACAACUAUCUAAAAUUACAGAAACAUUAUUUUGUAAUAUACAGGCAUACCUCGGAGAUAUUGCAGAUUCAGUUCCAGAUCGCCAUAAUAAAGCGAGCCACACAGGCUUUUUGGUUUCCUAGUGCACAUAAAAAUUAUGUUUACACUAUACUGUAGUUUAUUAUGUGUGCAAUAGCAUUUUGUCUAAAAACAAUGGACAUACCUUAAUUAAAAAGUAUUUUAUUGCUAAAAAAUGCUAACCAUCAUCUGAACUUUUAGCAAGUUGUAAUCAUUUUGCUUAUGGAGGGUCAUGCCUUGAUGUUGAUGGCUGCUGAAGGUUUGGGUAGCUGUGGCAAUUUCUUAAACAAAGACAGUAAUGAAGUUUACUGAAUUAACUGAUUCUUCCUUUCAUGAAAAAGUUCUCUGUUGCAUGCAAUGCUGUUUGAUAGCAUUUUACCCACAACAGAACUUCUUUCAAAACUGGGGUCAGUGCUCUCAAACCAUGCUGCUGCUUUAUCAAAAAAGUUCAUGUAAUGUCCAAAAUCCUUUGUUAUCACUUCAAUAAUGUUCAUCAUCACCAGGAGCAGUUUCCAUCUCAAGAAACCACUUUCUUUUCUCAUCCAAAAGAAGCAACUCCUUAUCAAAUGAAGUUUUAUCAUGAGAUUGCAGCAAUUUAGUCACAUCUUCAGGCUCCACUUCGAAUUCUAGUUCUCUUGCUAUUUCCACCACAUCUGCAGUUAUUUCCUCCACUGAAAUAUUGUACCUCUCAACGUCAUCCACGAUAGUUGGAAUCAACUUCUUCCAAACUCCUAUUAAUUUUGAUAUUUUGACCUACUCCAAUGAAUCAUAAAUGUUCUUAAUAGCAUCUAGAAUGGUCAACUUUCCAGAAGGAUUUUAAUUUAUUUUGCCCAGCUCCAUCAGAGCUCUAUGAGAGGUAUAGCCUUAUGAAAUGUAUUUCUUAAAUAAAGCUGAAAUUACUACAAAUCCUUGUAAAAAAACACAAUAUCUGCAAAGCACAAUAAAACAAAGCGCAACAAAAAAAGUAUGCCUGUAUGUAAGAAGUCAACUUGAGAAUGAUAACUGAAAUAUGAAUAUUAAUUCAC